AUGAAUAGCCUGAUAGUCGUUUAUACUGUACAGAUUUCAUUUCAGUUACCCAUUGGCAUAGAAGCUAAGUCUACACCAGUUUUCAACUAUGAUACGUCAGAUUUUAUAUACGAUUUGCGAGCAGUCCGAGGUGAGGAUGUCGUGGACGGAAAACGUCAACGUGGGAAGCUAAAAGACUUAUUGAUGGCUCGUUGGGAGGCAGCGAAGGCAAUGAAAGCUUUCAAAUACGAUUUAAACUGUAUGUACAAAUUUCUACCUGGUGACUUUAACCUUUCUAUACAGCUCAACGUCGAAAGAGGGGAAUUACGACGGAAGCCGCAGAGAUUUCACGCUGUUUGCGAGCCGUUCCAUGAAAAGAAGUGGAAUUUCACUAAACUUGAGCAAAAUGAGAUCAUGAUGUAUCUCCGGUGUAGAGAUAAACCGUGCAGUAGUGAUCCGUUAGACCAACAUGUCCUGGCCAUCAACAAUUCCCCCUUGGAAAGAGGGCAUUCUUUAGUAAUCCCCUCUAUUAAUCGUCGUCAGCCACAAGUCAUGACGGAAACUGGUGUUCGGAUGGCAACGGAUAUGAUGCUGUUAGUCGAUGAUGACACAUUCCACAUACUGUUUAAUAGUCUGCUUGCCCAGGCAUCUGUAAACCAUUUACAUUUACACGCCUUGUUCUGGCCAUAUGAUUCGGAUUUGAUAAACAGAAAGUGUGAAGAAGUAGCGGAAGAUAUGUAUAUCAUAAAACGCCCUGAUUGGUUUAUCCAUACUAUUGUGUUCCAGCUUACUUCACCGGAAAUGUUUGAUGACUUUGUCAGGAAGAUAACUCAAACUCUGGAUUAUCUCAGUGAGGCACAGAUUGCACACAACGUUGUAUUUUCGAGAGCUCAACCAUUGAGGACAAGUGGUGACGUUUGGAGUGAGGAUACAGAACAGAAACUUCCUCAGUACGUCACAGCUUACAUAAUGCCUCGCAACUCUGUUGUUGGUGCGAAACCGGCAGCAAAUUUUAAUCCAGCAGCUUUGGAACUCUGUGGUUGCCUAACGGCCUAUACUUUCCGGUUUUUCGAAACUGCUACUGAGGAGUCUGCUUUACGGGUUAUAGAUGAAGAAGCCACGUUACCUGACGUUCAGUUUGAAAAGAUCUGUAAAAAAAUCAUAGACGUUCUUCAGGGCAAAGGAUUUCGAAGGUUAAGCUUGCAGCCAGAUACAGAUGAAGACCCGUCUUUAAUGGAAGAGUUGCGAGACACAUUUCAAACUUUUGCGCUUCAUUCUCCCCGACGACUGUUCCGGAACGAUACUCGAGGCACUGCAUUCUCAUUUAGUUUCGACUCUUCCCAAGGAACCGUUAAACAUGACUCCCAUUCCUCUAAUUCCUCUUAG